UAUUUCAUCAGUGUGUCGUAUGUGAUGAAAUUUUCCAAGAAUAUGAUGAUUUAAAAGUACAUAAUAAAACACAUGUUAAAGAUGAGAAAAAUGAUGAUGUAGAUGAAUAUUGUCGUGUCAAAGAAGAGAAAGCUGAUGAUGUAGAUGAAUAUUGUCGUGUUAAAAAUGAGAAAUCUGAUCAUGUAGAUGAAUCUUGUCAAACUGAUAUUGAAACUGUUUAUCAGUGUAAUUUGUGUGAUGAAGAAUUUGAAUCUGACACUGAUUUAGAAAAACACUGUGAAAUACAUGUCAAAGGGGAGACUAUAGGAAAUAUUUUACAACAAUUUAAAGAGGAUGAUAAGAUUCAAGAUAAAAUGUGUUUUAAAAAACCUUUUAUAUGUGAAUUUUGUGGUAAAUCAUUUAAUAAGCAAAGUCAGUUUCAGAUACAUGUGAGAAUUCAUACAGGCGAGAGACCUUUUAAAUGUGAUGUUUGUAGUAAAUCAUUUAUUCAGAAAGGAUAUAUUGAAAGACACAUGAAAACUCAUACUGCAGAAAGACUUUAUAAAUGUGAUGUUUGUCGUAAAUCAUUCAGUGAUCGGGGUAUCCUUAACAGGCACAUAACAAUUCAUACAGGUAACAAACCUUAUAAAUGUGAUGUCUGUGGUAAAUCAUUUAGCAACAGUUAUUAUGUACAGAUACACAUGAGAAUUCAUACUGGCGAGAGACCUUAUAAAUGUGAUGUUUGUAGUAAAUCAUUCAGCCGAGGUAAUACUCUACAGCAACACAUCAAAGUUCAUACAAGAGAAAAACUUUUUACAUGUGAUGUUUGUGGGAAAUCAUUCAGUGAUCGGGGCACCCUUAACAGGCACUUGAGAAUUCAUUCAGGAGAGAAGCCUUUUAAAUGUGAUGUUUGUAAUAAAUCAUUCAGUUUUCAAGGCAGCCUUCACAGGCACUUAAAAACUCACACAGGCGAAAAAUCCUAUAAGUGUGAUUUUUGUGGUAAACGUUUUAGUACCAGUUCUGAUGUACAGAGACACAUGAAAUCACAUACAGGCGAGAAGCGUUUUAAAUGUAAUAUUUGUGGUAAAUUAUAUACUCAGAAUAGCAGUCUAAAGAAACACAUGAUAUCUCAUAAAGGAGGAGGGGGGUUGGAUGGCUGAAUGGUUAGCGUGCGCACGCCGUAUCAUAAAGUCGGUCAUUGAGUCAACUGGCUUGGUUUCGAAUCCCCGGUUGUACGUGACAAGGAGUAGGGUCGCCCGUCCAACCUCAUAAAGGAGGAAAACCAUAUUGUGAUGUUUGUGGUAAUUCAUUUAAAGGGCCACAUAUCAAAACCCUCAAGAAGAAAUGUCUGAAAGCCCUCAACAUUUUGAGAGUCUUAUCAAACACUGACUGGGGAGCAGACCGUAAGGUCUUGCUCAUAUUAUAUCGAGCUUUAAUAAGAUCUAAACUCGAUUAUGGGUGUAUUGUGUAUGGGUCUGCCAUUGACUUUAAAUUGAUACAGAGUGUUUGAGGUCAUGAGACGAAGAAUCGUAUUAAUUUUCAACGAUUUCCGAUAAUUACUGCCAAAGUUAUGGCCCUUGAACACUUUUAAAAACCUUGUGACCCUCUAGAAGCUAAAGUUAUCAUCCGAUUGACUUCAGAUUCAUACACAGAGUGUAAGGUCUUGAGACA